AUGACAGAAUCUCCCGGCUCUCCUCUCUCCUCGAUUGCGUCCGACGAAAUGUCGGAUCGCGAAGACCUCAAGCACUCCUUCUCGCCGUCAGCCGCCAACCUACCCCCAUCGAAACGUCGUCGCACGGGCGUCGCGUCCUGGGAUCGCAAUACACCCCUCUCGGCCACAUUCCAAGAAGACCUCCCGCCAACGUCCCCCUCGAGCUCGAUAUCGUCAGACACCUCCGGCGACAUCCCCAACUCCCCAACCAUCCUGGCCCUGCUCGGCGGCGGCCAGGACGACGACUACAGCGGUCAGGGCAACGACCAGGUCACCGUGUGCCGAUGGGAGGGAUGCAAACUGGGUGACCUGGGCAACAUGGAUGACCUGGUGCAGCACAUCCACAACGACCACGUCGGCAACCGUCAGAAACGGUAUUCGUGCGAAUGGUCCGACUGCCCUCGGAAGGGCCAGACGCAUGCGAGCGGCUACGCGCUGCGCGCACAUAUGCGCAGUCAUACACGCGAGAAGCCCUUCUACUGUGCGCUGCCAGAAUGCGAUCGCAGCUUCACCCGCUCCGACGCCCUCGCCAAACACAUGCGCACCGUCCACGAGACUGAAGCCCUCCGGCCCUCCGACCCCGUCCCCAAACACCACAACGGCCCCGCCUCAGCCGUGGGAACCCCCACAGCCACCCCCAUCAGCAAACUGCAGCGCAUCAAACUGAAGCUCUCGCUGCCCCGAUACGACGCAUGGCAGUGCAGCGAGAGCGCCAACGACGAGCCCGCUCUCGCAGACGACCUCGACGGCCUCGAGCUGCCCGAGUUCGGGCCUGAGCUGGGCUUCGACGAGCACGAGCUGCGCCUCCGACCCUACGAUCUCUACCGCGUGCUCCGCCGCCAGAUCCACUGGGCCGAGAAGGAGAGCCUGCGGCUCCGCGAGGAGUGGGAGAAGAUCCAGCCCAAGCGGAAACAGUCGUGGCUGGAGAAAGAAGCCGUCUUCGACGAUGUCAUCGAUGCGGAACUCCACUUGUUCAGCGCCAUCGUGGGCAGCGAGGGUCUCCCCGUCGAAGCUGCCGCGGAUGCCGCGGCUCCCAAUGGCCUCUCGAAAGAUUCCCAGGAGCAUGCCGUGGUAGCGGAAGCAGAGGCAGAGGCAGAGGCAGAGGUAAUCGCCAGUCGGGACUCGGUGUCUGUCUCUUCUCCGUGA